UUUGUUUGUACUGAGAGUUUUUUUUUUGUGUUGGUUUAUCGUCUGUUAUUAUUGUUUUGCAGAGUUUUGAUUUAUAGUACAUCCCCCAGCAGCGGUUUGGCUGUUUGGGGGGAGAGGUUUUUUGUUUUUUGUUUGUUUUGACCAUGGACACUGCAGAAGAGAUUGCCUCGACGAACACCGGUAAUGGGAGUGAAGGAAUGCAGAAACAGACGGCGGCGGACAUGGAAAAACUGAGACGGGAGAAAUUAAGAGCGGAAAAGGGGAGCAAGAAUCCAGAAAAGGAGAAUGCAGAGGCAAUGGGGAGUGGAGCGCACGAGGAGGAGACGGUGACAGUCGGGAGUGAACCAAGCUAUAGCAAGGCUUUGACGGUGUUGGUGGAGCUAGCGGGUUUGCCGGUUUACAUCACAGACUUGGAAAUAUUAAAGAAGCUGUUGGACUGGGGGGUGAGGGCAAUUUCGCCCAUUACAAGGAGGAUGUGGCCUGGGACCAGGAUCGUGGAGGGCACACGAUUUGUGAAGGUGAAGUUUACAGACACUGUCAAGUCACUGCCUUACUCUACGCGUUUUGACACUGAAAUGGGAGCACAAUAUUUUAGGGUCAUUCAUGAUCGGCAGGUGAAGGUUUGCAGAAUGUGCAUACAGCCAGGGCAUAUUGUUCGUGAAUGCCCAGAGUUUCUGUGUAGGAAUUGUGGGAGGCAGGGGCACUAUGCCAGGGAGUGUGACCGGUGGGAGCCAAAGUGCAAAGAAUGUGGAGAGAAGGAAUCAAAUUGUGUGUGUAAAGGUGGGGAGGGUGAAGAGGAGGAGAGUGCCCUCUCAAUUGAUGAAGACAGUGAGUCGGAGGAUGUUGGGGGUGAAGGAGUUGAGGGAAAGAUGGAGGAGGGGUUUGUAGUGGAACAGCUAAGGGGGGGGUUGGGAACUAGCAGCAGCCCUGUGGUGGUGGAUCAGACUGGUGAAAGUGUGGGGGGGGGCAUUGGGUCUAGCCUCGACUCAAAUAUGGUUGCACUGACGGACCCUGCAAACGGGAGUUUGGGGAACGGAAAGGCUAAAGUGGAUGCAUGGGCGACAGGAGGGAAAGGUUCUGAACAGGGGCCUUUGCCUUCUAGAGUUGUGCGCACAAAUGCUGACAGGAGUGCAGCCAUGGAGUUUGAGAGGCAGCAGGCUGUGACUACUGAGAGUGUAUCCGGCCGGCAGGAAGAAGUACCUGCAAGUGACCCCCCCACAAUGUCUGAGGGUGAUGAGUCAGAGGGGGAUUGUUUGAGUGUAGCAGGAGGGAGGAAGAGGGCACUCCUAAACAGAUCCGGCAAAUUGGCUGGUAUAAGGAAACAAAAUCAAAAGAAGAAAGGGAAGAAAAAAUGA